CACAUGUUGUCAGAAGAUGGCGGAAUGCGAGGCGGUGAGGCGGCGGCGGCGGCGGACGGUCCUUGUGGCCGGGCUGGGGCUGCUGUUACUGGGGGUCGCCGCUGCUGAGAAGAACAUACUGACGGCUCCGUACACUGGACCCGGGAAGAGCGGAGAACGCACCCUAAUUAGGAGGAGCACGCCGCCCGGCACGGAGCACCCGGUGCUGGUGUAUGGCCAGGUCAGCCUCAAUGACUCUCACAAUCAGAUUGUCGUCCACUGGGCAGGAGAGAGAAGCAACGUCAUCGUGGGCCUCACCAGAGACAGCCUGGGAUCUCUGGGCACCAAAAGCAGCAAUGUCUACGUGUCUUAUGACUAUGGAAAAAGCUUUAAGAGAAUAACUGACAAGUUCCAAAACCCUACAAGUGACAGCGUUCCCACCAUGGCCCAGUUCUUCCACAGCCCUGUCGACAACAAGCGGUACAUCUUUGUUGACGCCAAUGAAAACUACCUGUGGAUCACGACAGAUUUUUGUGUUACUAUGAAGGGUUUUUCAAUUCCAUUUAAACCAACUGAUCUCCUUCUGCACAGCAAUAAUACAAACCUGGUGCUGGGAUAUGACAAGCUGCACCCGAACAAGCAGCUUUGGAAGUCUGAAGAUUUUGGACAGACGUGGAUAAUGAUUCAGGAGCAUGUCAAGUCCUUCUACUGGGGCUUUGCUCCUCUUGACAAACCAAACACGGUUUACGUGGAACGCCAUGAACCCCGGGGGACCUCAAACGUUCUUCGCAGCACAGAUUAUUUCCAGUCUCGUGAUAACACAGAGCUGAUUAUUGAGAACGUGGAUGGGUUCCAACUCAGGGAAAAUUACAUGUUUGCCACAAAGACCAUGCAUUUGCUGGGCAGUAAAGACCAGUCCUCGAUGCAGCUGUGGGUCUCCUACAAUCGCAAGCCAAUGCAGUCAGCGCAGUUCAUAACCAGACAUCCCGUCACGGAAUAUUACAUCACUGAUGUCUCCGAGGAUCAGGUUUUUGCUUGUGUCAAGCACAGCAACAAUGUGACAAACCUGUAUAUAUCAGAAGUGGAGGGGCUUCGCUUUUCUCUCUCCCUGGAGAACAUCUUGUAUUUUAAUCCCGGAGCCGGGAAGGAGACACUUGUCAGGUAUCUUGAGAAUGAGCCAUUUGCUGACGUCCACCGCGUGAAAGGUGUGAGAGGAGUUUACAUUGCAAAUACCCUCACUGGACCUCUGUCUAAGGAGAACGUGGCCUCUGUUAUUACAUUUGACAAGGGAGGAACGUGGGAAUAUCUCCUGGCACCAGGUUAUAGCGGUUACGGGGAGACUGCACGCUGCACGAACUCUAAAGAAUGUUAUCUACAUCUGGCACAGCCACUCAGUCAGGUCACCUCACAAGGACGGGUUAUGCCCAUCGUCUCCAAGGAGUCUGCGCCGGGGUUAAUUGCAGCAACAGGUUCCGUAGGGAAAGAUACAAUCAGUAAAAUUAACCUGUAUGUGUCCAGCAGUGUGGGGGUGAGGUGGAGAGAGUCUCUCCUCGGGCCCCAUUUUUGCACAUGGGGAGAUCAUGGUGGCGUAUUGGUGGCAAUUGCACAAGGAGUAGAAACCAACCAGCUAAAAUACAGUACAAAUGAAGGGGAAACGUGGAAAACAUUUAAUUUUUCUGACAUUUCGCUGAUUGUCUACGGCUUACUCACAGAACCUGGAGAAAAAAGCACUGUAUUCACCAUCUUUGGCUCCUAUGUCCAUAAGGGGCACAGCUGGGUUAUAUUACAGGUCAACACCAGUGAUGUCCUUGGAGUCCCCUGCACUGAAAACGACUAUAAGCUCUGGUCUCCAUCUGAUGAACGGGGCAAUGAAUGUUUGCUGGGAAGCAAAACCGUUUUCAAGAGGCGGACCCCACAUGCCACCUGUUUUAAUGGAGAAGACUUUGACCGGCCUAUUACGACCUCCAACUGUUCAUGCACUAGACAAGACUUUGAGUGUGAUUAUGGCUUUAAACUUAACCAAGAUCUAAGAUCUGAAGCUUGUGUUCCUGACCCAGAAUUUGCAGGCAAGCUCUACCUUCUCCCUUCUCCAUGUCCAGUGGGAACAACCUACAAGAGGACCAAAGGUUACCGCAGGAUUUCUGGAGAUACUUGUUCUGGUGGUGAUGUCGAGGCGCGGCUGGACGGAGAAGAUGUCCCUUGUCCUGUGGGAGAGGAGAAUGAGUUCAUCUUGUAUGCCAUGAGGAAUGCCAUAUACCGGCAUGACCUGUCCUCCGGAGUCACUGAAGAGCUGCCACUGAAGGGUCUGCGAGGGGCUGUAGCCUUGGACUUUGACUAUGAAAGUAACUGUUUAUAUUGGGCUGACGUCACCCUGGACAUCAUACAGCGACUCUGUCUAAAUGGCAGCUCCGGGCAAGAAGUCCUCGUCAGAAGUGGACUGGAGACUGUGGAGUCCUUGUCGUUUGACCCCUUAAGCCAGUUGCUUUAUUGGGUUGAUGCUGGAAUAAAAAAAAUCGAGGUUGCCAACCCUGAUGGAGACUUACGUCUGACUAUUCUCAACUCCACCAUUCUGGAGCGGCCCCGAGCUCUUGCUUUGGUCCCCAAGGAAGGGCUCAUGUUCUGGACAGACUGGGGUGAUGAACGGCAUGGAAUAUACAGGAGUGAGAUGGAUGGAUCAGGAGUGACGCACCUGGUUGCAGAUGGCAUUAAAUGGCCAAAUGGCAUUUCUGUGGAUGAGAACUGGAUCUACUGGACUGAAGCCAACAUGGAUAGGAUAGAGAGGAUCAACUUCAAUGGCCAACAGAGACAGGUGGUCUUGGACAAUCUUCCACAUCCAUAUGCAAUAGCAGUGUUCAAGAAUCAAAUCUACUGGGACGACUGGUCCCAACUCAGCAUCUUUAGGGCCUCGAAGUACAAUGGAGCUCAGGCAGAGGUUCUGAUUGGUCGAUUGUCUGGAGUCAUGGAUAUGAAGAUUUUCUAUAAGGGGAAAUGGACAGGAGUGAACGCCUGCACUUCCAACUCUUGCCGCCUCCUAUGUCUGCCCAAGGCCAACAACAGCAGAGUUUGUCAGUGUCCAGAGGGAGUGAAGGAGGAGGCUUCAUCUUCAGGAGAGACUGAGUGUGAAUGUCCACAUGGUUAUCAGCUGAAGAACAAGACCUGUGUCAAACAAGAGAAUUCCUGUCUGCCCAGUCAGUAUCGCUGCUCCAACGGGAAUUGCAUCAACAGCAUCUGGCAGUGCGAUAAUGACAACGACUGCGGGGACAUGAGUGAUGAGAGAGACUGCCCGACCACAGCAUGUGACCCAGACACGCUGUUCAGGUGUCAGGAAUCAGGUACCUGCAUCCCCCUGUCCUAUAAAUGUGAUCUGGAAGAUGACUGCGGAGAUAACAGCGAUGAGAGUCAUUGUGAGGCACACCAAUGUAAGGAAGAUGAGUUUAACUGCAGCUCUGGGAUGUGUAUCCGACAGUCGUGGGUCUGUGAUGGGGACAAUGACUGCAGGGACUGGUCUGACGAGGCCAACUGUACAGCGGUAUCACACACCUGCGAACCCACCAGUUUCCAAUGUCAUGAUAACCACUGCAUCCCCCAGAGAUGGGUCUGUGACGGUGACUCCGACUGCCAGGAUGGCUCAGAUGAAGACCACACCAUUUGCGAAAAGAAGUGUAAUGGAUUCCAGUGCAGAAACGGCACCUGCAUCCCAUCUGGGAAACAUUGUAACGGUGUGAAGGAAUGUUCAGAAGGGGAAGAUGAACAGAAAUGUGAGCCCCUGUGCACUCGCUAUAUGGAUUUUGUAUGUAAGAACCGGCUGCAGUGUUUGUUCAACAUCAUGGUGUGUGACGGAGUUGUGCAGUGUCACGAUGGCUCCGAUGAGGAUCCUGCAUACGCCGGAUGUUCUGGAGAUCCAGAAUUUAAACAGAACUGUGACUCUCAGAGUUUUUCAUGCCAAAAUGGAGUCUGCAUCAGCCUGGGUUGGAAGUGUGAUGGCAUGGAUGACUGUGGCGACUACUCCGAUGAGGCAAAUUGUGCAAACCCUACAGACACCCCUACCUGUGCCCGAUACUACCAAUUUCAGUGUGAGAAUGGUCACUGCAUACCCACACGAUGGAAAUGUGACAGCGAGAAUGACUGCGGGGACUGGUCAGAUGAAAAGGAUUGUGGAGAAACCAUUCCUCAGACCACCACCCGACCGUCCACAUGUCCAGCCAAUCACUUCAGAUGUGACAACGGAGUCUGCAUCAUGAACACGUGGGUUUGUGAUGGUUACAAAGAUUGUAUAUAUGGUUCUGACGAAGAGGGUUGUCCUACUACUGCAACCAACGUCACCGUGCCCAGCACCACAGUGCACGACCGAUGCAGCAGCUUUGAGUUUGAAUGUCAGAAGGGGAAGUACUGCAUACCAAAGUGGAAGCGUUGUGACGGCAUCACAGACUGCCAGGACGGCACAGAUGAGCAGCACUGUCCUACUCACAGACCUUCCUCUUGUGUUAAUGGUUCUCUGUGUGAUGACGGUGAAGCCUGCUUAGCGCUGUCUGACCGCUGUGAUGGUUUUUUGGACUGUUCUGAUGGCAGCGAUGAAAAUAACUGCACCGAUGACAGCGUGGUCUACAAGGUCCAGAACCUGCAGUGGUCUGCUGACUUCUCUGGCAACAUCACCCUGACAUGGGCGCGCCCCAAGAAGAUGUCUGUGUCAUCCUGUGUAUACAAUGUCUACUAUAGGGUUAUUGGCGAGAGCACAUGGAAAUUACUGGAAACUCACAGCAGCAAGACUGUUUGCGUAUUAAAGAUUCUGAAACCAGACACCACGUACCAGGUGAAGGUUCAGGUGCAAUGUCUGCGCAAGGUGCACAACAGCAACGAUAUGAUCACCCUCCGAACCCCUGAAGGCCUUCCCGGCCAACCCCAGCUGCGCCAGCUCGACCUGAAUAAGAAUCUUCCAUCCACUAUCAUCUGUUGCUGGUCCCCUCCUGCAAACACUAAUGGGUUAAUUCGUGAGUAUGUGGUGGAGUAUACUACAAACACUUCCAAGGGCUGGUCGUCUUUCAGUACACAGGAUCUUUGCUAUAAUAUUCACUAUACAGAAGACAACACAUUAUAUUCAGUGCGGGUGGCUGCUGUUACCAGCCGAGGGGUCGGUGAAUGGAGCAGCAUCAAAUCUAUCAGUACUGCAAAAGCUGUGCCUCCUCCAAACAUCAAGAUUCAGACCAUCAAAGAAGAUUCAGUGGAGUUUACAAUAAGAGUGGACUCUGAUGUCGUGAUAACUGGAUAUACGGUGACUUUAUCAUGGGAGUUUGAUACACAUGUUCAAGAGAGAAGAACUUUACAAUUUGAUGGACAAAGCGUGUCACAAACAGUGACUAAUCUGACGGCACAAACGGAAUAUGAGAUUUCUGCUUGGGCAAAAUCGUCUUAUGGCGAGAGCUCUGUGGCUUUUGAGCACUUUACCACCAAGGGUACAAAACCUUUAGCACCGAUUCUUAAAGCAAAAGUGAUUAAUCAGACCGCAGUGGAGUGCAGCUGGGUGGGCAUCAGGAAUGUGACGUAUGGGGUGUUUUAUGCCACAUCCUUCUCAGAGCUGCACAGGAAUCCACUGAACGCCACGACGACUCUUCACGACGUGACCAUCAGUGUGAACCGAGACGAGCAGUACUUGUUCUUGGUGCGGGUCACAUCCCCUUAUCAGGGUCCCCCAUCAGAUUAUGCCGUGGUCAAAAUGAUUCCUGACAACCGCUUGCCGCCUCGCCAUCUUCACACUGUGCACUUGGAUAAAACAUUUAUCGUCAUGAAGUGGGAGCCUCCGUACGACUCUCCAGACAGUGAAUUGGCAUACAUUGUCUCAAUAAAAGAUUUAAUAAUGAAGACGGAGAAGAGUUACAAAGUGAACACCCAGAACAGCACCAUAGAGUUCAGGAUAGGUAACCUGGAGCCCGGAUGUAAAUACAGUGUGAUCGUGCAGCUACGGAACAUGAGCAAAGAGGCCAGCACCAAAGUCAGCACAGUUCCUCUAUCUGCUCCAGAAGCCUUGAAGCUCAUUGUUGAAAAAGACCAUGUUCUACUGUUUUGGAAAAGCUUAGCACUAAGAGAGAAAUACUUCAAUGAAUCCAGAGGUUAUGAAGUGCACAUGUUUGACAGCUCGAAUAACAUCUCCACCUCCUUGGGAAACACAACCGAGAACUACUUCAAGAUCUCCAACCUCAAGCUGGGACACAGCUACACAUUUAGUGUCCAGGCCCGAUGUCUGAACAGUGGUCAGAUCUGCGGAGAGUCGGCUCUGCUUCUCUAUGACCAUCUUGGAACAGGAAUGGACCCUUUGCCCUCAACUAGCGUCCAGUCCUCAGAUGUGGCUUCUAUAGUGGUCCCAGUCUUAUUCUUGCUGUUGGUGGCCACUGGCUGCGGCUUUGUUAUAUUGUACAUGCGGCACCGGAGACUUCAGAACAGCUUCACAGCAUUUGCCAACAGUCACUACAGCUCACGCCUUGGAGCCGCCAUCUUCUCAUCUGGGGAUGAUAUAGGUGAUGAUGACGAUGAUGCCCCGAUGAUCACCGGCUUCUCAGAUGACGUCCCCAUGGUGAUAGCAUAAAGCUCCUUUCUCCCGGGUGUAAACCAAAUGAUGUAAAUAUUUUCUUUCCCAAGGAAUUGCCUGUCUGUUCUUUGGAUUUCCUGCACUUUUCAGUUGCGAUACGUUAUUUUUAUAUGGGCCAAAAAAGGAGAAGUUUGUCGUAGUUAACUGUGAAAAGCAAAAUAAUCUUUUUGUUAACCAAAUCUUGCUGUUUCCAUCCGCAGAGUGUGACCCCAAAAGCCCUGCCCGACUCUCGCCUUAUUGUCUGCUGUAAAUGUGAAGAUAUGUAAUAUAUAUAUAUAUAAAUAUAUUUGUAUAAAGUCUGUGUGCCGCCAGCUUGCCCUGAACAACACUCUUAGGACUUGGGAUGUUCUGCGAGGUGCCUUAUUGACUUCUCCGCAGGACUUUGGUUUCAGUCGGCGCAUCGCAAGUUGCAGCUUCUGAACGGCCCUUACUUUCCGCUGGCGUUUGUAGGUUCGGGGAGUGGUGAUGAGGGAGUUAAUAUUUUCAGAUUGUGUUUGCUGGCCGUGCACCUCUGUCAGAUUUACAGAUGGCCCCCUCACUGUGUCUUCCAGACCUGUGCUUAGGGUGCAAGUUUUUUGAGGAUGACAGUAAAUCAUCAUUUACCCCAAAAAUAUAAA